AUGGAGAGUGAAGAAGGGAGAAAAGAAAAUGCAGAAAUUAAGUGGGAAAAGUUGUGGAGAGUAGGGAAGAAGAAAGGAGGAAACUCCACUCCUGCAGCUUCAUUUUGGAGAGCCAAUGCCAAUCAUUUGCAUCACAAUGUUGGGGUCUUAUCUUCCAGAAAACUUGCGGCUGCUCUGUGGGAGUUCCAUCAAUACAAGCCGCCACUUGAUAGCUUGCGCCGCCGCCCUCCGCCGCCUACUUCUUCUCAACUGCCAGAGAGUUUGAGUACUCUGAGGAGGCGUGUCGCUGACUUACUAAUGCAGCAUCAUCGUUCUAUUGAAACGAGUAAUCAUGCUACACAAACUGUGUCACCUUCGAUCAGUAGCAGUUCACUGGAGAUUGCUCCAUGUUACCCUGCUACCCCUUCCAGCUCAGUCGAAUUAAACAGUGAGUUAUCUUAUAGGUCAAAAACAUUGAGGAAACUGCUCAAAGUUUUGAACCGUGUCUGGAUCCUGGAGGAGCAGCAUGCCUCCAACGUGUCUCUUAUCAAGGAGUUGAAGAAAGAGUUGGAUCGUGCUCGUUUUCAAGCAAAGGAGUUGUCGAGAGAGCAGCAGCGUGGACCGAUUGAACGUCUUACUGGAGGUAUACUACUUAAAACGAACAAGGCUAAAGUUAAGUCCACACGAGAUGAACUUGAGCAAGAGAGGAAGAUUAGGAACCACUUGGCUCAGGAGGUUUAUGAGGUGAAACGCUCUGUGGCUAGAAUUUCCAAGGAACUGGAGAAAGAAAGGACGUCGCGUGGUUUCUUGGAAGAGCUUUGCGAUGAGUUGGCAUGGGGAGUGAGGGAUUGUGAAAAGGAGUUUCAUGAUCAGAGGCAGGAAUCUGAUGCAUAUUUGGGUGAGAGAGGCGAUCAUGAUCAGUUGAUUCUUCGUAUAGCUCAAGCGUGGCUUGAUGAACGGAUGCAGGUGAAGCAGCAACAUCGGAAAACUUCAGUGGAAUCAAUGCCUAGUGCUCGUCUAGAAGAAGAUGAUGGUGAUGGAUCCUCGAGUAGUCAGUCUACCUGUUUUGAGGUGGAAAAAACAAGCAAACGCAGCUUGAAACCGCAGGGACAGAAACUCCUAGAAAACCAUUUUGAGAAAAUGUUGAGGAUAGAAGAGUUUAAGGAAAAAACCAAGUCCUCUGAUAGGACAAGAGCCUCGACUCCAUCGAGGUUACAGGCAAAAUUUGAGGAACAUAUGGCUCAAGCAAUGUUAAAUAGUACAAGUAAGCUGAUUAAUGAAGAUCAUGUAAUGGCUUCUUCGUUGAGGAGGAGUUCCCAGUGUCUAGUACGCGGAUGGACUGAGAAACUGCCGGCACAGGCAUCAGAGACGCCAUUGAAGCUUCUCUCCGAGUUGAAGGAGCUCGCUCUCUGA